CAUACAGAUGAUACAAGAACAGAACACUUUACAGUUAACAUCGCACACCUUUUCCGUUCUGUACUUGUUUUAGAUCGUCAUUUGAACUCACUGAAUUGCGGUCCAUUCAUUUUAUGCAACUUUCAAUUCAGUAAUCGCAACUGUUCCGAGGAGACUUUCACUUGUCAAAGCAGGUAACUUAGAUGAUCGCUUCGUGACGACAGAGCAACAACGACAGCGACCUCAGGUUGAUACUGUCGUCCACUUUUCAUUAAUCUCCGUGGUUCGUGCUUUAAGCUGAUUUACUGUAUGGUCGAUCCGCUACCCACGCGCAGCAGAAAGUAUUUUCUCCAAGUGGCUUUGCGCGCGUUUGGAUGCCCGUAAUUGUAUUACAGAUACAGGAUAUUAAACGGUUCCCAUAAAACAGUUGUUGAUCUGGUCAACUUCAGUUUCUCCUGUAUGCUGGACACAUCUCAAUGAAUGGUAACUUGGAUACCUGCUCUCCACAGGACUGAGCUUUCUGUGAAUAUCCCAUCAGUUAUUUUAAAACUACGUUUUACACCAGACCAUGAUGUUGUUUUUGAAGUUUGUGCUUCUGCUGACAGCUAUUCCAUUUAACACAGGUGUUCAUGGUCAAUUGGUCCAGAUGGACACCAAUAAAUCAGGAUUCGUGGGUUCACACGUGGAGCUACCCUGUCUGUUUAUCAACAGCUACCCGCCUGUAAAGAUCUCCCAGGUCACCUGGCAAAAACUUGUUAAUGGCACCAAGCAGAACGUGGCCAUCGCCAAUCCAGCCCUGGGUGUUUCAGUGCUUCAACCCUUCAAAGAGCGUGUGCGCUUCAAAAACCCGGCGGUCCGGCAGCGCACUCCAUCCCUGGAGGACACCACUAUAAUCUUUAACAAACUAAGACUGUCUGAUGAAUCUAGCUAUAUCUGCGAGUACACGACUUUCCCAGCUGGAAACAGGGAGAGCAUGGUCAAUCUUACUGUUUACGCUCGGCCUAUGAUCCAGAUGAGUCUGACCACACCCUCUAUAGUGGUGGGAUUCAAAGAUCUGAAGAUGACCGUCGCCACGUGCAUUUCAGCCAAUGGAAAGCCACCCAGUGUGAUCACAUGGGAAACGAAAUUAGAAGGAGAAUACAAAACCCAGGAGAUACGCAACCCUGAUGGGACCGUCACAGUUCGCAGUGAUUACUUGGUGGUUCCCAGUCGAGAAAUACACCAGCAGCUGCUCACCUGCGUCUCAACAUAUAAUGAUGAGCAACACACAGACAGUGUAAAGCUCAACAUUCUGUAUGAGCCAGAGGUGAUAAUAGAGGGCUUUGAUGAGAAUUGGUAUUUAAACAGAGAAAAUGUUCAGCUCACCUGUUUGGCUGAAGCUAACCCACCCAUAUCUAUGUUUCAGUGGAGAUACUUAAACGGAUCUCUGCCAAGCUCAGUAGAAGUCCGUGACAACGUGCUGAUUUUCAAAGGUCCUCUAACCUAUGACAUUGCAGGCACAUAUGUCUGUGAUGCCACCAACAGCAUUGGGACAGGCAAUGCGUCCGUUGAGGUCACCGUCACAGACACCCCUAGCUCCCCAUAUGAGAUUUCUCAGGAGCAAAAUCAAACAGACAUCUUCAUCUACAUCGGUGGAGCUGUCGUGUGCGGCACAGUGCUCAUGGCGGCCAUUACGCUCCUGAUAGUGUUUUUCAAACGCCGGAGAUCCACGUUUAAAGGAAACUACAGUGCCAAGAAGCAAAUACUGGCCAAUGGCUACAACAAAUCUGGAAGCCCACAGCCUCAAACCACUAUCCCUCAGAGUUUGACCUUCUCUGAUGACUCCAGCAUCUUAGGUGGAAGCGUUCAGGAUUUCCAAAGCUGCCAUGAUAGCAGAAUGAAGACUUACCACGCGGGAUUGAUUGAGGACAGCUUGAGGAACAGAUGCAAUGAGCAGACACGUUUUUACGAUUAUGGAUCUGAAGUGGAGGUCUCGGUGGACAUGGUUCCUCAGAUAGAUGGUUCUGUCAUCUCUAAAGAAGAGUGGUAUGUGUAAAAUUUGAAGACUUCAGGAGUCCUCAUCAUUUAUGUCCUCCCAGCUCUUUCUUAUCAUCUCUCUCCUUUUGAAGCAGAUGUUGGGAUCAAGUGAAAUGGAUUGACUAUGGGUUUGAUUUACAUACACUGACUGACCAUUGACUUGCCAUGUUGAGUUUGCAUGAGAUGAUUUCUCCAACAAACUCUAGGCUUUUGCCAUCAUGGACCUUUCAGAUGGAUGUUAAGUUUUUAGAAAGUAUAUUCUGUAAUAUUUACUAAAGGGCAUGUAAAGCUCUACUGCAAGAACGCCUUGCAAUGUGGACACAAUUUUGUGCAUGAUUUAUGAAAAUAUAUUACGUUUUUUUUUGUUGCUACUUUAUUCAUAUGUCUCAAAAUACAACAGACCUGGAAACACAAAAGACUUAAUACAAUGAACUUUGCUCUAACAAAUGCUGGCUUGUUACAACUAUGACUCAGAUAUGGCCAAACCCAAUCAAUGAGCUAAAAUUAACCUUGAAUUGUAAGUUUAAGUUUGUCUAGUUUAUCUAAGUUAACAAUAGAUAUACAAUAUUGUGCAAAGGUCUUAGGCUACCGCCAUCUUUGUUGUUUUAGCAGUUUUAAUGGCCUCCAUAAUUUUUUUCACUCUCUUUAUUGAGUUACAAACAAAAAAUACAGGAAAUAUGAACACAAAAUGUAAAAAUAAACACCAUUUUUUUUUUUUUUUUGAAAAAUGCAGCAUUGAUGUCAAAUCAACAUAUAUUUUUAUGUGACUUUAAUUUAACAAAGUAUGUUAAAUAAUAUUAACUUUUUUUAAGUUUUGUCAAAGUUUCACAUGUCAAAACUUAAAAUAGAAGAUUGAACUGAUUUGCAAAACCAAGUUUUUUUUUUACAGUGCACUGUAAAAAUAUGCAGCAUUUUUGUCAAAUCAACAUAUAUUUUUACAAUUUCAACUUGUUUUCAAAAGUUAUGCCAACUUAUCACAGGUCAAAAUAUAAAAUAGUAGGUUAAGUUAACUUGCAAAACCAAGUUGUUUUAACUUCAUGCAGCAUAUUUUUUGUCAAUGUGAGAUAUAGCAGGAACCUGCAGGCUCUCUUUAACCUAAAUUAAACAAAAUCCUAAUUUCUAAUUAUAAUUUAAUGACUUCAGUCUCCUAAUAAGAGUUCAAGAUGUGUUUAGUGCCAAUAUAGUGUAAGUGGAUCUCACACUAAAUACACUGUAAAAAGCACUUACAUUUUUGAGUUUAAGCAACUUGAAUUUACAAUUAAUGUUAGGCCGAGUUUUCGAUGUUGUCAUGGAAAGGUUGGGUUGUUUUUAGUCACAUGAUCUGCAAUCGCUUGCAGCUUCCAGCACUCUGUCUGUAAAUAAUGCCGGGAAAAAAUCGGCAAACACGACAGCCACGUAUCGGCCGAUGCCGAUACACAUAAAACUCUCAAAUAUCGGCCCGAUAUAUCGGCUGGUCUAUCUCUACUUCUUAAUAAACCACAAACAAACAUGUAUACAUUUAUUUGUCCUCCUCACAUUCUUUACUGUAGUUUCCUCUCACAUUCCUGCCUCAUUAUGCGAGCCUUUUGUUGCUCAGCUGUCAAUCAAUCCUUCUCGCAUACGGCCCCUCUAAACAAAAAGUGUCCUACAAUUUCUAAAUCAAUAUAUUGUUUUAUGUGAAUGAGUAGGCAGAAUGAUUUUCGCAUCAUUUAAAAAAAACUCUAGACUACAAGAUCCUGUUUAGAAAAGUCUUGUUAAAACAUGUUUAGUAUGGGUUUUGUGGACUUAUAUCAGUGACUUAAACAUUUUUCUUUUUUAAAAUACCACGCAUAAACAUUUUUCUCUCAAAAAUACAAACAUGUCCAUACAUCUAGCUCAUAUAAUAUUGUGGCCCAGUUUGUGCUGAACGUAGUGUUAUGAAACACUUGCCAUUAUUAUGUUUUAAAGCAACUGAAAAAAUACCAAAUGUAAGAGCAUUUCACAACCUUUUAAGUGCAACAACCUAUUUUUUAUAAUGAACUUUAAGUUAACAGUUUUAUUCUGUUUAUAAUAUUGCUUACAAAUUACCUGUAUUUUCUGGUGGUAUUUUGAUAUAAAGACUACAAAAUAAUUAUAUAUGAUCACUAUACCACUGCCAAAACAACAAAUCUUGCAUGGUACUGUGGCUUGGGACUUUUGCACAGUAUUUAAGGUAUUUAAACAUCUUACUACUCGACUCUUAGUGACUUAAUUUCAUUUAUUUAUUUAAUCAGAGACAGUGCACAUUAAUAAUACAUAGAUAUGUAAAUUGCGCCAGUAUUGGCUCAUUUUCAUCCGUAGUCCCUUUUGGCAGGUGGAUGUUAGGGGCAGGAAGAAACAGAGGUCACUGCCAAACCAAGCAAAAUUACAGACUACCAUCCACAAUGAUCACAAUUUUAAUGGGUCAAUAACCAUGUUUUCAAUUUUUUUGAGAAACCACAGUGUCCUGUAACUGUUUUAAUUCUUUCAACUCUACUGGAAGUCUAUUGCACUCAUGUGUUCAUCUAAAGAAAACGAUAAUUGACCAAAGGUGUUUUUCUUAAUGGCACGUUACAAUCACCUCUAAAGCCGGCACGUGUACACUGUCCUGUAAUCUGAUUUAUGUAAAAUUUUACUUUAGUGGCUGUAAUAUGAAAUAUGACAGGCCUAUAUAGUGUGAUGUUGUUUAAGGUUGUUUAAGAAAUUAUAUAAAUACAUUGUACUAUACCACUUUGUAUCACUUCAUCUAAAAUAAUGUCACUUAUUUUAUACCGUCAAGGAACAAACUUUGGUUGAAUAACACAAUGCUCAUCAUCAUUAUAGUUAGACCGUUUUGUAUAUGUUUGUGUGUGUAUUAAAUAUGUUUUUACAAUUACAAAUUAUCCCACAAACUUUUAGGUCAUCUUGUAAAUGUUGCUUAAUUUAUUACCAGAAAUCUUUAUGUUUUGUUCAAAAUGUGAAAUGUCAUUAUUCUGCCAAGACAAGCAUACUCAGAUUCAUUACAGUGUUCAUUUUGUGGUCUUGCAUAUUACUUAUUUAUUCAGAAACACUGUGAUUUGUAAAGCUUGUGAAUUCUCUGCUGUAACUAAUAAAACACAUAAUCACCAUAUAAUUUGUGCGAGUCAGU